AUGCUUGCCAUCCUCAGCACAUUUUGUCUCCUAAUACCACUAUAUUGCAUAUAUAAACCACCGAAUAUCCUCAUCCGCUACUGUCAGUGUCGGUGGCCCGACGUGCUCUUCCACGUUCCAACAGACAAAAAAGUGGUCGCGCUCACUAUUGACGACGCGCCUUCCACGCACACGACUGAAAUACUUCAUCUAUUGCAGUUGCACAAUGCAGCAGCGACCUUUUUCCUGAUUGGAUCCCAAAUUCCGGAAUAUGAACAUAUCCUGGUUGAUCUGGUUCGGGCUGGCAAUGAACUCGCCAACCAUGCUAUGUAUGAUGAGCCGUCGCGUGCACUGAGUGACGACGUGUUAAGGGAGCAAAUCAGUACAGUGCAUGCUCGGAUUCAAGAGGCAUAUGCUGCUGCAGGGAGCCAGACAGAGCCAGAGAACUGGCUCUUUCGUCCUGGCUCGGGGUUCUUCAGCUCUCGGAUGAGAAUGGUUGUGAAGGAACUAGGCUAUCGCUUAGUCCUCGGGGAUGUGUAUCCGCAUGACCCGCAGGUUCCAUAUUGGAAGUUGAAUGCCAGUCAUAUUCUGAGCAUGGUUAAGCCGGGGAGUAUUAUCAUCUGCCAUGAUGGGCGCAGGUGGACGGUGCCGAUGCUACAGAAGGUAUUGCCUGAGCUGAGCCGCAGGGGGUAUACUAUUGUCACAGUCUCUGACUUGUUGACCAAUUCAUAG